GCUCUGUGACUGUGUGCAAAGGGCAAAGCUUCCCCUUCAGCCUGAGCAGAGCCUUCCUGCAGCAGCACAACAAACACGCUCCUGUUGGAAGACUGAGACAGAGACAUUAAAGUUCCUUUCACGCAGGCUCAGAGGAGAUGGCUGAGAAAAAAGCCAUCUUGUUCAACUUCUGGGGAGUUGCUGUCUCUUCCAGACCACGGGCUGUUUUCCACAAGCUGGAGGAGUUGCACAACCUGCCAGGUGGUUUUCUGUCCAGUGUGGCGUCCCAAAAGGACGGUGCCAUGAGCCGGGCGGAGAGAGGGGAGAUGAAGCUUUCUCAGAUGAUCCCAGCGUUGGAGGCAGAGUGUGUGAAGGAGGCCGAGGUCAGGGCUGUGACUCUGCCGUCUGAUUGGUCAGUGAGAGGCCUGCUGGAGGAGCUCAGGGAGGCGAUGAUGGACGUCCAACCAGCCGUGCUGAAGACAGCUGCCAGUCUGCGUCGCAGUGGGUUACUGACAGCGGUGCUGGCCAAUCACUGGGUAGACGACAGUGCUGCUGGAGACGGUCCAGCCCGCAUCCUCUCUCUGCUGGGCGGACAUUUUGACCUGGUCCUCCAGUCCUGUCGCUCAGGUCACAGGGUCCCCGAGCCGUCUGUGUUCAGCUGUGCUCUGCAGCACCUGGGAGUGACAUCACAACAGGCUCUGUGGCUGGAUGCAGAUGAGGAAGGUGUGAAGGCAGCAGAAGCAGCGGGGAUGAAGGCCGUCUUGGUGGGAAAUCUGGACGAUGCUUUGGACAAACUGGUCAACUUUACUGGAGUUCAGGCUGUUGGAGCAGACAGUCCUCCACCAUCCUGCAGCCCUGAUGAAGUGUCUCAUGGUUACAUCACCAUCAGGCCUGGUGUGAAGACUCAUUAUGUUGAAAUGGGCUCAGGUCCACCAGUUCUGCUGUGUCACGGCUUCCCUGAGAGCUGGUACUCCUGGAGGUACCAGAUCCCAGCUGUGGCAGCAGCAGGGUUCAGGGUGUUGGCUCUGGACAUGAAGGGAUAUGGAGAGUCCAUAGCCCCCACAGACAUCGAGGAAUAUUCUCAGGAGCAGCUUUGCAAGGAUUUAAUCACAUUUAUGGACAAAAUGUCGAUACCGCAGGUCACCCUGGUGGGUCACGACUGGGGCGGCUUUCUGGUGUGGACCAUGGCUCAGUUUUACCCUGAGAGAGUCAGGGCUGUAGCGUCUCUGAACACUCCUCUGUUCCCUGCCGAUCCCUCAGUCCCUCCUGAUGAGAAACUGAAGUCCAUUCCCAUAUUUGACUACCAGCUCUACUUCCAAAAACCUGGGGCAGCAGAGGCUGAGUUCGAGAAAGACUUGGAGAGAGCGUUCAAGAUUUUCUUUUUCAGCAGUGCUGAAGCAGCAAAGCGUCCUGCUAUCAGCACUGCAGGAGUCUGUGCUCGAGGUGGUCUGUUUGUGGGUCUGCCGGAGCAGGUUCCCCGGAGCGCCAUGCUGACGGAGGCCGACCUGCAGUACUACGUCAGCCAGUACAGAGAGCGAGGCUUCAGGAGGCCGUUGAAUUGGUAUCGUAACGGAGAGGCGAACUGGAGGUGGAUGUGUUCUCGUCCCACUGGAAAGCUGCUGAUGCCUGCACUGAUGGUGACGGCGGGUAAAGACCAGGUACUACUGCCAGCCCUCUCCAAGGGAAUGGAGGACUUGUUCCAGAACCUGAACAGAGGACACAUUGAGGAGUGUGGACACUGGACUCAGAUGGAAAGACCAGCUGAGACAAACAGGAUCCUGAUAUCAUGGCUUCAAGAAACACACAGGAAGGCUGGAGGUGUUACUGUUUCCCCCAAACUGUGAGCGAGGAAGAAAGAAGGGAGGGAAAGAGGCAGGGAAGGACUGAGUGAAGGAGUUAGGAAGAGAGGUAGCAAGGUAGGGAGGAAUAAAGGGAGAGGGAGGAAAAACGGUUGGUUAUUUUUCCUUCCUUCUAUCUUUCGUUCCAAGGAAGGUAGAAACGAAAAGACAGGAGGGGGGAUGGAGGAAGGACAGAAGGGAGGGAGGGAGCAAACGAGGAAGGAAGCCCAUCAGUUUAUUCAGAGAGAAAUAACUUUUACUUCACUACAUUUAUUUAGCAGUUGUACUUAUUUUUCCCAUAAAAAUACAACGUUGAAGAUUAAACGGUGUUUCCUCAUUAGUCAUUUUCCCUUCAAACUCAAAUGAAUUCAUUUAAAGCUGUAAGAUGUAACAUUUCCUCAUUAAAAUGAAUGUAAACACUA